UGCAAGAAUAACAACACCAGAAAGCUUGCGUACUGCUAGCGUCCAUGGCUCCGGAGUGGCAUGCCGGGCAGCUUUGGCCCCUUGAUGGCCACCGGGAUGCACGUAUGCGCAGGCCAGCCCUGCCGGUCUUUUCCAAAGGUCCUGACCCUCUACGCCUCAAAGGAUGCUCCGGUUGUAGGCGUCGCUUUUGCCGAGGGCCUACUUAAAUAUAAGCCUUCAGCUGGUAUUGAUCUCGUAGCCUCAAUCUCAAAUCCAGUCCUCUCCAGCUCCAGUAUCUCCCAGCUUCUACAUCCGUGACCUCAAGCUUUCUCAUCAUCACCCAUACCCACCACCUAAAUUGUCGAGUGAAAAAGCUUUUAAUCAGCAUACCGGCAUCCUCAGAGUCGUCUUAUUGGCACCGCUUAACCUUUUCAUAAUCACUGUCGAAUACCGCCUCGGAAUGGAAUCUCAGACGUUCGAAUACUGGUUACCGCAAGCAAAUUACAUGCCUGCGCACCAGACAACGGUUUUGGAUCUUCCCCCCGAUCUUCACAAAGUUCCCAGUCUCGGUGGUUCUCCAGUCUCUUCCAUCUACGAAUCUUUCCCGGCGGCGAUGCAUCAGAAUUACUACCCACACAUUGUCGAGGAACCAAUGCAAUUCGGCUCAUAUACUCUGCCAAUGACCCCUUCCGACUUGGGGUCUGAUCACGACAGCCCCUAUUGCAGUCCGCGCCCACCGCCAAACAUUGAGCCCGCCCGUUCUCCCACCAUGGCCCCUGCGCCAACUGAGAAAGCACACACUACCUCAGGGAGGAGAAGAGCACAGAAUCGCGCCGCUCAGCGCGCCUUUCGCGAACGCAAAGAAAAACACGCUCGCGACUUAGAAACCCAACUCGCUGCCCUCACGGAGAAGUACAACAAGCUCGAGGUCUCGCAUACGGAGCUGAACGUGGCCUAUCAAAAGCUGCGAAAAACCAUCGAACUGCUCACGCAAGACGAUGAUGCAGAAGGCGAAGAUGAGGACGGCAAGCCAAUCAGGAGAAAAAGUAGCAGUUCCGAUACGCUGCGGAAGCUGCUUGAGAUACUUCACGGAGAGUUCAAAAGUGUCGCGGUGAAGACGGAGGCGACUUCAUAAUCAACAGAGCGCGCACGGCAUUGGAAGAAGAUUCCCUUUUCUCAGGCUGUUAACGAUUCCACAUCGCCUACGAUCUCUUCUUGUCUAAAGCUACGAGCUCUCUACAUUCCACGUUUUAUCGGCAGCCUGGAGUCAUGGUGUUUGUCGGCAGAUAUGAUCGCUUGGUUUAUAUCGGGAUAGAUCGCUUUCGGUGCGACCUUAGAGGCUAUCCAAUGCGCAGCUGUUGCUCGUCUAGCUACGAUCCACAACCAGAAUCAUUCAGACGAGACGAUCUAGCUCAACCUAAUUCCUAAUAAUACCAAUCAAAU